AGACUAGCUGCUCCCCGCCCGUAGCUCUCGUGAUGGCUUCCAUCAAUAUCUGCCUCUUCCAACCACAGCGACGAUAGCCGCCUUAACUACGCCCGCAAUUCAAUACACCACCCACAGCUCGUCUUGACGUACCCCUUGAGCUCCUUAGAGGUCUCUCACACCAUGCAUCCCUACCCUCGCCCUUGGCCGAGAACUGCCUCCCCGGCCAACAAUCUUCAAACAAAUCCUUCCCGAACCAACAACCAGCGGGAUCCCGCUUCAGAGCGAUCCUCACCCUACUCAGACACUGCACCUUACAGUGACAGAAGUAUUGACGACGGCGACGGCGAGAUGGUGGGUCGCACCGAGCAGAUGUCGGAAACGGAGCAGAAGACCUAUCAGAAGGUCAACCAGGUGAUACAGAAUUUCUUCACCAAAGCCGCACUCACUAUCAUCUCCUCUCGUGUGAUACUGCCACAAAGCUAUAACAAACAAGGCGAACUAAAACAGAACAAAUGGUUCAAUGUCGUUCUCGAUGACACGGAUGUCCUCCUGCAAGACCUGAGGGAAUGGAAAGCCAUGGAUGCGGUCCAGGGGCAGCACCCAUCUCUCUGUAUCGAGAUAUAUCUAGACAUCAAAGGUCUGGGACAUAAACAGUCGCUGGUCGUGCACGACGACCAGGGUAAACGGUGGGACGUCGCCGAAGCUCUGAAUGUGCCCGUCGAGUCUACUUCUCGGCCGCCCAGUCGCAUCGGCAAGUCGACGCAGCUUGUGCUUGAGCGAUGGAAAAUUCACGUGGGAGAUAAAAACGCAGUGCAUCCUUCAGAACUGCAAGAUCCGCUGCCGAAUGUGUACAAGAAAGCGGUAGUGCUGUUCCGAUCGCUUUAUGCCUACCUGCGGUUUCUACCAGCUUUUAAGUACUACAAAAGCAUCGCGAAACAGCCUGCAAGCAAGCCAUCAUUGAAGCUCCAUUAUCGCAUUUUCAACGGCGAUUUCAAAAGCCCCCGGCCCGACACGUUGGGCAUCCCACUGUACCCAACUUCAGAGGUUGUUACCGAGAGCCAAGUGUUCACGCCGUCGAAUUCACCCAUCGGCCCAUUGUGCAUCUCAGUACAAUAUCGUACCAACUGUGAGUUCAGCGUGGAUGACUCGGAAUCGUUGUUGAGCUCGCAUUUUAUGGGGAUAGAUGAUACGUAUCUUGAACAGACGAAUCGGGAUGUCAGUCAGGUACCAGGCUCGCUACCAGUGAACAAAUUGAACCCGCAUGGCACUCCAGAUUUAGGCCAAGCAUAUGGAAGCAUGUCGACCUUCCAUCAGGUUGGUCCAGCCACGGGAACAAGCCCAAUGUCGGCGCUGCGAGCUGCACGAGACAUGCCCUCGUCGUCGCCAGCCGAAUCGCCUCCUCAGAAGCUUCCGCCGAACCAUCGCAUCGCACAGGGCUCCAAGUCAUCUCUCCGGUCCGCAGACGCGCCGUCCUAUCAGAGGCGGACAUCUGUUUCAUUCCAGCCAUUCAAAGCGGGCUCACUGUCGUCGUCACCUGCCCCGGGUCCAGUCGUUCCUCCCUCACCCGGCAGCUCGGUAGGAAGGCCCGGGAGCUCAUUGGGACGCGCGCCUGCCUCUGUCCCGAAUGCCCUUACCCAGCCGCGAAACCGCACCUCGUUGACGGCGCUCCCCCAGGCCGCGCUGCGAGCCCCUUCCCUUCCGAAUGAGACGGCUAUCGCCUCGUCCGCCUCCAGCUCGCCGAAGCCUGCCCCUAUCACCCGCUACAACAGCAGCUUCGGGCCCCGGCGAAAUCGCUUUUCUUCCGGAGGCGGCAGUAAGACGGAAGACGACAACCUCAGCAGCGGGAAGGCCAGCGGAGCUUCGUCGCAGCAGCCCGGUUCUGACGUCAUCAACGAGGGAGAGGGUGCGAGCUCCGGAUCCAUCAAGACAGAUGACGAAAAUAUAUCAGACUUUCUGAAGCUCCUCGAGCAGAAAAAAGAUCUGAAGAGCUUCAACCGCAGCGACAAUGCAUCUCGUGACGCCACAAUGCGCCGGACAACCGCCCAGCUUUCCAAGUAUCAGAGGAUGAAGGACUCGCAUGCAGCCCUCUCGGAUUCAGUUUCGUCUUCAAUGCUCCUCCAUCGGUCAUCUUCAUCGUCCAGCCGCCAGUUAUCUAGCGUUCCUCAGAUGGUUGCUGGCACUUCUGUCUCUACAUCGUCAUCCCCUGGAAAACCUAUCUCUCCCCACACUCCUCACACCCCUGCCAUCCCGUCUCGACUCAGUGCGAACAGCAUCAUUGAAUAUGAGCCACGGCGAAGUAGAAGCCGCCCCAGUCAGCCAUCACGUGAGCAAGCAAUGGCAGGCGUACGAGAACCAAGCGAACGCGAAGAGCAAGGUACGAAUGCUAUCGACAUCCCUACAUCACCACGACCAUGGAACUAUAUUCGCAGGUCAAGUUCUGUAGCUCAGCAGAAUCGUACCAUGGAAGAUGAACCGGAUAUCUUCGGGCUCCGCUCUGCCAGCCUCCCAACAGAGGAGGUCGACCGAGAGAGGGACCUCCAACGAAUUACUACAGCAGACCUAACAUCCAGCGGAUUAUUCGCCCAGACGGAGCUCCUUGCCAGUACCGGCCGGGGUGACCAGCCAAACGACACUCUCGGCCCAGAUUCACGGGGGGACAUGCCUCGCCCUCUAUCUACGUCGGAUAUUCCUGCAAGACGAGGUCAACAUACGGGGAGCAAUAGAGGUCGUGGGGGACUUUUGUCUCAUCACGGUUCUUCUUCCAGUCUCACGACUGGCGGCACGAGCUCCACCGAGCGACAAAGCCGAUACAACUUCUCAAGCCGGCCUACGCUCCAAGAUGACGACGAGCCCUUAUUAUUCCAAAUGAGCGAGAUUGGAGUAGGCUCUAGAAGGAGUCUAGAGGAGGGAAGGGGAGGCUCCAGCACCGGGAGCGGAGGAAAGAGAGGAUCAUCAUGGCUCCGAUAACGUCUAUCAGAGAGCUUCCUUUUCCUGGUGUCGUCAUUUCUAAAUGUUAUUAUCAUUUGCAACUUGGCGUUCAACGGCCCCCAUUUUGGCAUGAGCGGCGGCAUUCUCUUCCGUGCUUCUUAGUGUUUAUUUCUGUUUGUUUUACCUUUUUCUUUCUCCCCACUCUAUAUACUCAUACAUUGGUGUUAGUCGAGUAAACAUAUAAGCCAUCUAGCGAGCGAGCGAGCGGUCGAUCGAGCAUA